CUCUUUCCCUCCUUAUUUCUUUACUUUCGUUUUUGGGAACCCUUUAUCUACUAUCCUUAUAUUCAGUCAAUAAUAUAUAAUACUCCACUCUUUUAAAGAAAAAUCAGUUAUUUAAAUGACUGGCGUUGAAUAUGACACAUAUGGUCAACGACAGCCUAUUGCUCACGAAGAUCAAUACUCUGACAACUACAUUCACAGAGAAAGCUACCAUGACGACGAUCGACAAAUGAUGGAAGAGUAUGCUGAAAAGCCUAUUGUUCCCACCAAACGUCCAUUCUAUAAGCAAAAAAGAUAUUGGAUUAUCUGCUCAAUUUUAUCAGCCAUUAUCAUCAUUGUUGUUGUCUUACUCAUCAUUUUUGUAUUUUUUCCAAUGAUCGCGCAAAGUUUAAUGAACCAAGCUUCUAUCGAUGUCGACACCGCUCAAAUCACAUUCUCGAAGCCAGAUGCUCUUAAUUCAGUCACAUACGCUAAGCGUGAUGGUGAUGAUCUGAAUUCAACUUUUUAUAUGGAAAUGCACAGCUCGCUCAAGAACACCGGCCCUUUUGCUGCCUCUAUAAAGUUUCACAACCCCAUUCAAGUCUUGUAUAACAAUACUGUCUUGGGUGAAAUCUAUCUUUAUAAUGAUACAAGUAUCUCUGGUGGUCAUGGCACAUUGAAUGCUAUUACUCCCUUCAUCAUUAAGGAUCAAAAUGCAUUCUCUUUAUUCACCAAGGAUAUGCUUGCAGUCAAACAAUUCUCAUGGACGCUUGUAGGCAAAUUAGAUAUCACUGCCCUUUCAAGAACUGCGACAGUGAACCUGAAUAAGCAGAUUACCCUAAAUGGUAUGGACGGAUUUCCUAAUGUAAAAAUCACCUCUUUCCAAUUACCUGGUGAUGCUCCUACUGGCGGUAUUCAAGUUGAAUUAGGUACUGUCUUAACAAGUCCUUCUCCUAUUGGCGUACAGCUGGGUACAAUUGAAUUGCAGAUUGGUUACGACGGUGUCACUCUGGGUAGAGUCACUGCUCAAAACGUCAAUCUUCAAAAGGGCGACAAUGACAUUCUCUUGAAGGGUGUACUCGCUCCUCAGAAUGAUACAAAUUCCCUUGCUAAAGUAAGCACUCUGUUCUCAAACUACGUUGCUGGGAUUAUGUCGCCUACAGCUGCAACAGGUAUCUCCUGUGCUCCUGAUGGUGUUCAUCCUGUCACUUGGUUAUCAGAAGGUUUCAGGACUGUUCAAUUAAAUGUUGCCCUUGGUGCAGAAAAGCCUUUGCAGAUCAUUCAGGCAGUCAGUAUGGGUCAAAUUGACAUGAAGUUUGAUCCUGCCAACCCUUACGCCCCUAUUGCUACUGCUCCUAAUGUUGUUGCCAACUUUCAAAUUCCUUUCGGUUUCUCACUAAACAUUACAGAAGUCACUCAAAACAUUACUCUCGGAUUAGAUGAUGAUGGCAAGAGCAAGGAUAUUCAGAAAUUUGCUACAAUCCAAGUACCUUACACACCCGCCCAGAGCGAUCAGAAGGCAGGUACGCUCAAGUUUGGUAUGGCCAAUACGCCUAUCACUGGUAUCUCUGGUGCCAAUGAUCAGUUUAACCAAUACGUCUACUCAUUGACUGCCGCUAAUAACUACACCUUUGGCGUCGCUGGUAAUGCUACUACCAAGGUUAACACUCCCAUCGGUCCCAUUACCUUGGGUGGUAUCAGCUUCUCUGUACCUACAAGCCUUAGAGGCCUUCAAUUCUUAAACAGCUCUGCCACUGUUAUCAAUUCUCUGGAUGUCACAGGCGGCAACACGGACGGUUUAGUCCUUGGCAUCAAUGUCACCAUGGUCAAUCCUUCCGAUGUGACAAUUACUACUGGUGAUGUUCACUUCAAAAUGGCUGCUUCUGAUGUCGAUCUCGGCUUGGUCACUUUGAGCAACCUCACGUUGAACCGAGGCAGCAAUACGGUGAAUGCUGUUGCAUCCUUUAACCCCAAAGUCUCUGAUGUUGGUCAAAACUUGCUCAGUAGCUUCGUUAUGGGUGGAAACAAUGAUGUUCAAAUCCUUGGUUUCGAAAACUCAACUUCUAUUGCUCCUCUGAUUGAAGCUUUAAGUUCUAUCACCAUUACCUCUACCUUGCCCGGUCUGAAGACAGCUCUGAUUCAAGGAAGUGCCCUGACCGUUCAUCCCGAUACAAACAACACUGGUAUCGUCGGCGUCAAGGUCUCUAUUGCUAACCCCUUCAGCGCUGGUCUGUCUAUUACUAAGGUCGUUGCUGCUGCUACCUACCUAGGCACACCCGUCGGAAAUAUCAACCAGGACCUUAGCAGUAACCCAUUCAUUAUCCCUGGCAAGCAAACUGCUCAGUCUCAGGAACUUAACAUGAACAUGAACAUUGAACCUGCUGCUAUUGCAUAUUUGCUUCGUGAGCUUGCUGUCAACUCCAAUAUGGACACAAGGACUCUUGAUGCAUUACUUGGCCUCGGUGGUUUCCAUGUUGAUGGUCAACAGGACGUUGCUCCUGAGCCUAGUGCCUUUGCCGGAUUCAAUAUCUCUGAUUACACAUUACAGGCCAUGAAGGCUCUCAAGGUUGAUUUGUCUCUUUCCUCUGGUCUUACCAUUGGACAAUAUACUGACGACUUGGCCUUCUCUCAAAACAGCGUAGCUGUCGCAACUGAUGCCUCUGUGCUUGACUUGAUUCCUAUAGUCGGUCAAAAGAUUGUACAGCAAAUUGUCGACGGUGCUGUUCUUGCCUUCGAAACUGUCAUCGUGUCUGCUCCUACUAAUGAGCAAUUUACUGUGCAGAUGAGGGGUAGCAUUACCAAGACAGGCCCUAUGGAUGCUGCUAUUAGUUUCCCUACACCUUUGACAGUUCACUGGCAAGGUUCACCUCUGGGUACAGUUAGCAUGCCUGAAAUCCAAGCCAAGGCAGGCGUUGGUGCCAACUUUGACGUGACAGGUACCUUUACCAUUGCCAAUCAGGAUUAUAUGGCCAAGUUCUCAAGUUAUUUAAUCAACAACCAAAACUUUGUAUGGGAAAUUACGACAAAGGAUGUGUCUGUUAACGCUCUUGGCUUUACUUUUACCGGUAUCUCCAUGGAUAAGACUGUUACUUUAUCUGGCUGUAACGGAUUCAAGGACGCGGUCAGCAUUCAGUCAUUCUACCUUCCUCAGGAUGGCCCUGACGACACUAUUGUACUGACUGCUGAGACCACCAUCAAGAACCCAAGUCAGGUCGGCUUUAAUCUCUCUGGAGUCGUCUUUGAAACUUACUUCCAGAAUGUCGAUCUUGGUCCACUUGGAUCAAAGGGUAACGCUAUAUUCCCUCCUCGAGGUUCUUCGCCCAUGUCUAUGCAGGGUUCCUUGAAAAGUCAGAAAGGUAAUCCUGCAGGUAUUGCUGCUGUAACCAAGGUCUUUGAAAACUAUCUUAAUGCUUCUAGCAGUGUUCUCUCUGUCAAGGGUGUAUCCGGAAGCGGCCCCAACGGUGAAGUUGGAUGGUUAUCAACUGCAUUCAAGACACUGACCAUUGAUAACGUUGUCUUGCCCGGUCCAACUACCAAGCCUCAGCUUAUCCCUGCUGUUACCAUGAAGGAACUUACAUUGGAUUUCACUAAGGAUCCUUGGGCUCCUGCUUCCAGUUCUAGCAAUGUCCAGGCACAACUCAAGAGUCCUUUCGGCUUCAGACUUGGCGUCAGCAAGCUCAACAUGGAUGUAGAUGUUUCUUACAAUGGAGAUGUAGCCCAUCUUGCUGUUCCCAAUGAACCUGCCACUACAAAUGGUGAUAUUGUUACGACCUCAUUCUCUAACGUUCCAUUCAAGGUGUCCAACCAGGGUAACUUUGUGACUUUCGUUACUGAUUUGACCAAGGGAGCUAGCUCUACCUUUGGCCUGAAGGGUGUGACGAAUGCGGUUACGGAUACAUCUAUUGGUACUUUUCAACUCAAUGGUAUCGGCUUUGAUGUUCAAUCCUCUUUGGCUGGUUUUAACAACUUUGGUGGAAAGCUUACUAUCGAUUCACUUGCUGUAUCUGGUGCAACUAGCAAAUAUGUCAUUGUGGAUCUUGUUGUUUCUUUCAACAAUCCUUCCAACAUUACCAUCGUUGUAGGCGAUAUCAAUUUUGACAUUGUCAUGAAAGAGCUCAACGGUGUUAUCGGCAAGACCUACAUGAAGGGUGUGACCAUUCCUCCUGGAACCAAGUCCUAUCCUUGUGUCAUGCAUAUGGGUGAAGGCUCUGUUAACCUCAAGGCUCUUGCUCAGACAUUUGGUGACUACUUGACCGGUGCCAGUGUUCCUUUAACUGUCCAGGGAACUCAAACUUCAACUGAAAUCGCUCCACUCAAGGACUCUCUGGCAAGUGUUCACCUUGAUACGGUCAUGAGCGGUAUUCAAGCCAACUUAAUCAAGCAAGUCGCUGUUGAGGGCAGUUUCAUUGGUAUCGCUCUUCAAAACAAGGCAACAUCCAAGAUCACGCUUCAGAAUCCUCUUGGUGCUUCUUACAAGAUUAUCAAAGUGAAUGCUGCAGUCACCUUUAAACCUUCUAAUGGCUCACCUCCUUUCAAGGUUGGCACCAUUGAUUAUGAUGUCGCUAAUCCUACGACCGUUCCUGGUCAUGGUAGUGCAACAACAGACAGCUGGCCUGUUAACAUCGACAAGGGUGAUAACUUCUUGCACCAUUUGCUUCAGAUGCUUGGAAUGAUGCUCGAUCCCAACAAAUACUUUGAUAUUACUCAAAAUGUCACUGUUAUCAUGGGUGAUGGAUUCCCUGCUCAAAUGUAUUAUUACCAAGACAAGGUUCCCUUCUCGAUUUCCAUUGAUGGUCUUCCACCUAUUGGUAUCACUGCCAACGAUCUUGCCAACAUCAAGAUUCCUGAUGGUCUUCAAUCAAUCACUGAUCCUAAUCAAAUCAUGCAGAUAAUGUCAAACAUUCUUUCUGGAAAGCCUCUUGUUAGCAGUGCUGCACCUUCUUCUAUUGCUUCUACUACUACUAGCCCAGCUGCUAGCCCAGCUGCUUCUAGUGGUUCUUCUAGUGGUUCUUCCAGUGAAGCAACUACAACAGGACAAGCUGGUACAGCUACUGCUUCUCCUACACAUGAUGCUACUAGCUCAGCAGAGCCUGAAAAGCCAACAAUUCAUGAGCCUGCCACUACUACUACUACUACUACUGAAGCUCAAAAGGCAACCGAGACACCUAAAGAAACAGCCAAGGCCACUGAGACCUCAUCUGGUCCCCAUUUCCCUUGGCCAUUUUAAAUAAAAUAACAACACCUCAACAUGGUAACCUCAUCUGUUUCAUAUUCUUUAGUUCAUUCCUUCUUUUAUUAUAUAUAAUUAUAUUUUCUACUUUUACUACUAAUAAAUGGUACUGUGC